GCGACUUCUAGUCAGAGGCAAUAUGUCCACCUACGAAGAUGAUCACAACAUCUCCUCAUCUCGCCCCCAAGAGGACAAUGAGAGAACACGAACCCACCAAUCACUCUCGUCCAUUAUUGAUUCGUUUGUGACCUCCAACCACUCGCACAUAGAAUCCUUACCAGAAACUCAAGAAAGUCAGAUCGAAACUUUCCGAAACGCACUUCAGGUCCUCAGCGCCGAAGAAGGAUCCACAUUGGCGACAGACCUUAUAGGAGUUCUUGAGGAUCAAGAUUUCAACCCCAAAAAGGGUCUCCCAGAUGAUUACUUGGAUACUUUAGACCGAGUGAGCCUUAAAGACUUGACCCCUGAAGACGACUGUCCCAUUUGUACCAAUCGCUUCGUGGAAGACAAGUAUCCAUUGAUUGUGAAACUUCCCUGUAACGCCAAAACCAAACACAGAGGCCAUAUUUUUGAUUUGGAGUGUAUUGGGCCAUGGUUAAAGAUGAAUGCUACAUGUCCGUUGUGUCGAUUUGACUUAUCGGAAUUGAACCAGAAACGUAAAGAGAGACUUGCAGAAGAGCUUAGACUCAUCAAGGAACAAGAGGAAGAAGAGGAGGAGGAAGAUUGGGACGUUUAUGGGUGAAAUCUAUGUUAAAACUUUUUUUUUUCAUUAUAUACAAGUAUAAACCUGACCUGGCAUCACUGGUCCAUAUGUUUUUUGAAUGCAUCGGACUUCAACAACUCGUCCACCUUACUCAUAAUAGGAUCAUUGGAGUCUUUGAAGCCUUCGGGGAUCUUGACAUCUUCAACGCUCACACUGUCCAACUGCUCCACAAAGUUCGCAGACUCUCUGGUGAUGAUUUUGGCAGUAUAAUGAACCGUUUCCAACGCAUGUUUGUUGACAUAACUCAACCACAAGUCCACCACUUCUGGGUUAGCAUCGAAUGCAUCCAACUUAUAGUUAAAGGUGGUUCUGUAGAAAUUCUCUUUGGACUUGGCUUGGGCAAACGGCGACUUGAUGACGGUAUAUAAUCUCUUUUCCGUCUUCUGUUUCAUUAUUCCUGAUACUGGUAUUCCCAAGUAAAAGGCAGCCCUGCUGGCGAAUUCAAUAGCUAUAUUUAUAUCGGUUUCAUCAUAUCCUCUGAAUUUCAUGGAAACCACUUUGUGUCCAUGUGUUUUGGGCAACCGUAUGGGUUUGUACUUCAAGAGUUCCACGUUGAUAGGAAUAGGUUUGGUUCCAGAUCCCUUAACGGCGUUUUCACUCAAGUAUUUGGGUUUGUACUCAAGCUCACCUUGCAACAACGACUUCUCAAACUCCUGUUGUUGAAGCUUUUCUUGAGUCUUUUGCUGCAAUAAUUCGGCAGGGGUGAGUUUCUGAGCAGCAAAUAACUUUGGUCCCGUGCUGAAAAGCCUGAGAUUCAAGCCCAAAAGUCUUUUGCUACCAGUUCUGAUCAUGGUUCUCACUGGUUGAAAAU